GCUCCGCACAUUCCGGCACGGCCUACUGCCUGGAUGCAGGCGUCGGCUUCGGCUCUGCGGGAGGCCAACGGUGCCAUCAGCGCCUUGGGAAGGCAGAAGCGCUGGCAACACGCCCUGCAGCUGUUCCAGGAAGUGUCUGGAAAGCUCCGCCUGAGCGCAGUGUCCUACGGAGCCUGCAUCAAUGCCUGUGGCCGGGCACGUGAGUGGCAGAGGUGCCUGUUGUUGCUGGACCAGCUGGAGGCGUCACUUCUGGAAAUUUCCGCCGUGGAGUUUUCGGGGGCGCUCAGCGCCUGCGAGGGGCAGAAGGGGCUAGAGGUGUUCCAGCGGAUGUGUCGGCGAGGGGUGGAAUUGGACGCAGUGGCCUUCAAUGGGGCGCUCAAGGCCUGCGAGGGCCGUUGGCGCCAAGCACUGGCGCUACUGGAGGAGAUGCAGGAGCGGCAGCUGUUUCCCACGCUGGUGAGCUUCAGCAGUGCUAUCAGCUGCUGUGAGAAGGCCCACGAGGACGAUAAGGCGCUGCAGCUUCUUGAUGCGAUGCGACAGGCAGGGCACCAGCCGAACGAAAUCUGCUUCAGUGCCGCGAUGAGCGCCUGUGAGAAGGGCCAGCAGUGGCUCGUGGCUGUUCGGCUGCUGGGGUCCCUGGCCGAAAGCGGCGGCCGGGUGGACGUGGUCGCGCUGGGCGCUGCUCUGGCGGCGCUGGGGGUGGGCCAGCGCUGGCGCAACGCCCUGCAGCUCGCGCAGGGCGCGGCCGCUUGGGGCUUGGCUCAGAACCGGGUCUGUGGGAACGCGUUGCUCUCAUCCUGCGAGAAGCCGCUGCAGUGGCAGCGGGCGCUGCGCUUGGCGGUCGCCAGGGACGCGGAUGUGGUGACCUACAGCAGCGCGGUGAGCGCCAUGGAGAAGAGCCAGCGCUGGGAAUGCGCGCUGGGCCUGCUCCAGCUGUGCCCGCCGAGCUUGGUGGCCUUCGAUGCUGCGGUGAGCGCCUCGUCUGGACGGUGGACACUGAGCCUGCAGCUGCUGAGGCGCCUGCGUGUCCUGCGGCUGGCGCCCAACGGGGUCACCUACACCGCCGCCCUGGAGGCCUGCGGCCGCGCGCCGGCGGUGCUGGCGCUGCUGUGCGAGAUGCGCGCCAGCCGCUGCGGCCUGGACGUGGUGGCGUACUCCCAGGCCGCCGAGGCCUGCGAGGCCUGCGGAGAUCCCUCCGCACUGCUGGAGUGGCUUGCCAACUGCGAGCGCAGCAGCCUGCUUCUGCUCUCCUAG